GCAACCAACUGCUCUUCUUGGCAGUGUCAGUGCAAAGCCGCUUGGAUAAAAAAAGCUGGGCGCAACAGCUGAAGUGUACCAUUACAUGCUGGGAAACCUGCUCAGUCUUUAUUGGGACAAGGACGGAAUAAAAUAUAACUACUAAGGAUUUACUUCUCUGCAAUGUAGUCAACACACGAGGGAAAGGGAGCCCUUCUGAUUAAAGUUGGCAAAUGGUUAGUCUGCGUAAAUUCGUCGAAUUAGUCCGCCUCACUGACAGAUAAGCCGUUACAAUUCGUGCACUUGACAGUGGAUGUUGUCUUUAAGAUGCAAUAUUUGAUUCACCAUUUCAACAGGAUCUGUAGUUACUCCGUAAGGUGCAAUGGGAUUGUAACUCGCGUAAUGGGAACGGGUUCGCUCCUGUAGCUGGUCCACGCAUAGAACGCGCGAAAUGGAAUUUAGUUUAUUCAACAGGUACAUGUGACUGCAUGCGGACUUUGAAAUUGUCUUUGUCUCAUCCUUUAGAAACGUGCAAAAGUUCCCGCUAACGAAAUGCUGGAUAUUGUCUUGAAGGGUAUUAGCAGCUAAGAUAGACCAACUUAUUAAAUAAACUAACUGGAAUGAAUCUAGCUUACAACUGACUGUUGCCGAUGUCUUUUUUAUCAGUGGAAACUAUGUAGUUUCCCUGUCUGUCACGUCAGAAGACAUUUACAAACCAAAGGCAGCAAGUUGUCAAAGCUACAUGUCCCAACCAUAUUUAUGCCAACAUUGGCGCUUGGAACUCACCGAAAUCAAUAGAGACUUUGGCAAAAGAUUUUUGGUAGUUUGCGGAAAUACAUAGGUGACAAUGUCCUUGAGUCCUAGAAUAGCGUUCUGUCAUGUGUAAGAUGGCCCAGCAGGUGUAAGGUCCUCCCGCAGAGGUCUAUGGAUGGUCGUGUGGUCGGUGUGGUGAGUUCUAAAUGCCAUGGGGUGUGUUCAGAGUAGGGGCCGGUGCAAACCGCGUUUCUGUGACACAAUCACUGUGCUUGAGUUGAACGCCUCCAUUGACCCAAAGCCCACAACUAUUGAUGAGUCGUCUGACGUGGUUCUGCGCUACCGGACACCACACUUCCGAGCUUCGGCUCAGGUUCUGGUUCCGCCGGUGCUCAAGAGAGAGAUCUGGACCGUGGGCUGGAUUCAGGCCUGCAACCAGAUGGACUUCUACAACCACUACGGAAACGAAGGCCUGUCCAGCUGGGAGUUGCCUGAGCUCCGCUCCGGUCGUGUCCUGGCGCUGAGCGACUCCGACGGCGUGAGCUACCCUUGGUACGGCAGCACCAGCGAGAUCUACACCAUCGUGGGCCCCACCAGGAGAGACACCAAACUCACCGUGUCCAUGAACGACAACUUCCACCCCAGCGUCACCUGGAGCGUCCCCAUAGCAACGCUGGGCAGUCCGGCGCAGCUCACCGGCAUCCGGCGCGACCAGCGCUUCACCACGUGGCUGGUGGCACGCAACGAGGCGUCGGGCGAGACCACGCUGCUGCGCACGGUGCGCUGGCGGAUGCGGCUCCGCAUCGACGUCGACCCCCAGCGACCCCUGGGUCAAAGGGCGCGUCUCCUGGAGCCGCUGCUGCAGGACGAGCCGCAGGUUCUGGCCAAGAACGAGCUCAUACCGGCCAACGCCCUGGACCAGCCCAACGCCAACGACGCUCAGAUGCUCAUGUGGAGACCCAGCAACACACAGCCUAUCAUGGUCAUCCCACCCAAACACACACACACAUAGAUACACACACACACACACACCCAAACACACACAUACACACACCCAGUCCCUAAAACACACACCCAAACACACACUCAG